AUGGAUUCGUUUUCUGAUUUUGGCGUCGUUGGUGGCAUAGGCAAUGGCAUGGAAGGCAGCGGUUGCGUGAUUCCAUCGUCGUAUCCCCAUAGCUCAAGCCCCCCAUAUUCGGGAGAGGCUAGUGACUCUGGCGACAUAACCAUAGCCGGCGGCAGACCCAAGGCAGAUGAUGAAGUCACUUCGGACGAACUCUCCUCAAGCAUUCGCAGCGAAUGGAAGCCUCCGUUAUUAGACCAGCGGCGUCUCAUGUCGAUGAGCGCGUUACACGCACCCCAAACCUCGAUCGACGACGGACAUCCUCUGAGCGCACUUCGCAUAAUCCAGCCGAGUCGAGAGGGCUCCGUGUUGGUAGAGGCCGGCUUCGACAUGGCCCACGUCCGUGCACGGCCGGGUCGUCAGCGUCGUCGUGUUUUACUAGAUGUGCAGGCGAAUAAAAAAGUGGCCGCGGCGGAAUGGUCCGCUGAAGCGCAAUUAAGACCAAGGUCUCCGGGUUAUCAAACCCGCGUCGGCGACGCCUCG